AUGUCUUUGAAGACAUUUAUUUUAAUUUCCUAUUUAGCUGUGACUACUGCAUUGCUUGAUUAUAGAAGAUGUUUACUACAUCGUGGAAAGUGUGUAUCAUAUUGUCCGCGGAAAAUGCACGCGUAUCACACGCGAUGUGAUGGUGAAACUAUGACACAAAAAACUUGCGACUCACCAGAAGCCUCUCUCUUGGGCUACACAUGCGGCUGGUCCCGUUGUGAUUGCAAUGGAAACUUGGUUUAUGAUGAGAAGUCAGGAUUUUGCGUCACCGUAGAGUUCUGUGAACAGAACAGGUUCCCUGAUGAAGUGAGGCGAAAGCAUGGAGAUACAGAUAUGGAGACCCAAAGGCGGACAAAAAUACGACCAUCUAAGAGGAUUAAGAUCCCCGAUGACGAUCCUUUAGUACAUUUAACGUAA